AUGGCCGACGAAGAAGAAGAUGUCUCGCACCUGCGCGCACCAGACGCUGCCGAUUAUGAUCCUACGGAAGAAGCGCAGGAUUUCCUUAAACUCGACAAACUCACCGCACAAGACAGCGCACACCCUACACUACCGAAACGCGGAGAAAAGGACUUUGAGAGUCAUGAAACGAACCUCCAACUUGACACACUCGAGGCCUCGCGCCGGGCCAUGCACGGCGUCCUCUCGUGGCAGCGUACGCACACGCAAAAGGGCCACAUCCUAGCCAUGUACGACCCAGAGCGCAACAUGGCAUGCGUCGACAAAGUCCGCUCACAGCACUUCCAGACGAUAGGAACGAACAAAGGAGGGAGAGAAUGGCUGCUACCGGAAGAAGCAUUGUUCUUGCUCGAAAGAGGAACGUUGGAUGUUCGGUGGCCUGUAAAACGGGAGAUGGGCGACAAGACGGUAUACAGAACAGAAGAUGGAGCACCGAUGAGUCUGCAAUCGGCGUAUGCCGCUUUCAUUGGGUUUGAGAGUGGUGUCGGUGGGAAGCUGACAUUGGAGAUGUACAACGUCUACGCCGGACUUAAAAGAUCGGGAUAUGUCAUCUUCAGGACAGGGACAUGGGACGAUGAUAGAGGGGAGAUUUUACAAGCACCAGCGAAGGCAGAGGAGCAGACAGCAUCAGGGCCGGGAAUCAUCACGCGCUUCUUUUCCGAGAUAUGGCGGCGAUUAAGCCAGCCUGAACACUCAAUCUCAGCCGAGACCCUCGCCUUCGGACCGCUCAUCAAGCCCGGGUUGUACCGCAGCUACAACGAUGUCUACCGCCUCCUCAAGCUGAUACCCACUCACGACCGCUCAGCCCCUCCGUCCUUCAUGCUUCCCCCCUCCGCGGACAACCCAUAUCGCGUCCACUUCGACGUCUACCGCACCACAGCGCGAUUCAAGAAAUCCGCUCGCGGACCACCAGACUUCCGCAUAUGCGUUGUUGAUGCGCGCACAACGCCCAUACCAACAAGCGCACAGCUAAAUGACCUUAUGGCGCAGGUGCCGGAGGACAGACCAAAAGAGGAUGGUCACCCGAACCAGAGGCUGAAGCACGGAUGCAGGAACGUGGUGCUGGCGGUGGUGGAUAACGGUAUACCGAGCUACCUAAGGGUUGCGGACACUCCGUUUGAGGAGGUCAAGAUUUAUGAGAGAUCGGCGCCGAGGGGGAAGGGCGGAGGUAGGGGGAGGGGAGGCGGCAGAGGGAGGGGUAGAGGGAGAGGCCGUGGCCGUUGA